GAACCGUAUAUUCACUACAGUCUCUCGCAAGGUGUGGUUCUCAGCGUGCUGGUCAGAACUAUGCUCGUCCGGAAUCAACAAGUGCUCCUCGAGACUACGUCGGGAAAACACUUGACCUAACCGAACUCGGUGAAUAGCUUUUUCUUCCUUUUGGCCUCGUGUGCGAGCGAGAAAUUCGAAGAGGGCGCGCAUAGGUGGCAGAAAGAGCCGCGGAAACACAGAUCGGCGUGAGUUGACGAUCUUCGGUUACAAAUAUUAUGACAUCGAUUUAACUCGAUCGUACAGAUUGACCUUCCUGCCUCGAGAUUCGAUCGUGAGACGCGGAAUCGUUGAUGUGUGGUGUUGUUUCUCGUGCUUCACCGAUGGUUCGAUGAAUCAUUAAAUUUUUUUUUUCUGCGCCGAGAGAUGCAUCUGUGACGCGUGUGUUCCUUCGCUAGGAUCUCAAGACUUCUGUGUGUACACCGGAGUUCCGCUACACGUGACUUUACGCCUAGCCGACCGCCUGUUUAUUGUAUACUAUAGAGGGAACAUAAGAUUGAAAUUGACGAGGGAAAAUCAGCGAGUAUGAAGCACCCAAUGAAAGGAACGUUGGUAAUCAUUCUAAGCGUUCUCUGCAUGAGAGCGUUGGGUUUACCGAACGGAGCACCGCCAGGUUCGUGCGAAGAUCUGAUGCCUCGUCAUCCUGGAAGCUCGUACCAAGAAACUUACCCUCCACCUUACCAAGUUUUACCAGCUGCUGGACAAGGUAGAGUCCGCUUAAUUCUAGGAAGCCCUCACGGUCUUGCCUACGAGGGUUUCAUGAUACUUGCACGUGACUCCCAGACCGGUGAAUUCGUCGGAGAGUUCGCGAACUUGCCCGAUUUGGCAAAGAUCGUCGAAUGCACACCAGGUGUUAAGAACGCAGUGACUCACACGAAUACCAGCAAGAAACACAAUCUCGAGUUCGAUUGGGAGGCACCUGUGGAUUACGAGGGCACCAUUGUUUUCAAAUCCACGAUCGCGCAGGAUUACAGUACCUACUGGGUCGGCGUGGAAUCGCCGCAAGUUAACGUUCGCAAGCGAUCCAUCGACGUAUUGACCCCGUCUACUCCGAUCAGCACGCCGAGAACAACCACGCCGCCCUAUUACAGCCCGACCGUCGAUUACGAGACGACGGCUGCUGAGGACCCUUUCUACACCGGAUGUGGCUCGACGAAGAAUUGCUUCGGCACCCCUUCAGGAUGCGUCGAAGCAAAAAAUUGUAUGGCGGCAGUCACUGUGCUUGUGCGAGGAGACCGAUAUCUGUUUGAAUUACAAGCCCGCGAUAGUAAAUAUGUCGCCGUUGGCUUAUCAGAUGACAGUAAAAUGGGCGAUGACAGCGUUGUCGAGUGUGCGAACGAAGGAGGAAAAAUUGCAUUGCACAUGUCUUGGAACUCUGGAAAGCAGAAUAUACGCCAGCCUAUGCAAGAAGGAGCAGUCCAAUUGGAGUCGAGUGCGAUCAACGAUGAUGUAAUCACGUGCAGAUUUUGGAGAGAGAAAACCACUGUCGUUCAGGGCCGUGAGUUUGAUCUCGUCAAUACACCGUACAAUCUUCUCGUGGCUGCUGGCAAAGGUUUAAAAAAUAACGGUGUCGGAUUCCACGACACGGCGUUCGACGCUACCGGCGACGCAAAAUUAUUAGCCGACGUCGGUGGCUUCACUACGGCGAGCAACAUCCUAAUUCGUGUUCACGGUGCUCUGAUGCUGGCGUCCUGGAUCGGGACAGCGUCGAUCGGCAUUCUUUUGGCCAGAUACUACAAGCAGACAUGGGUCAGCUCGCAGUUGUGCGGAAAGGACCAUUGGUUCGCCUGGCACAGGUUCUUCAUGAUACUCACGUGGUCGAUGACGAUAGCGGCUUUUGUAAUAAUAUUCGUCGAAUUGGGUGAAUGGAGCUCGGAGACAAUACAUGCAUCCUUGGGAUUAGCGACCACGAUCUUAGCUUUUAUCCAACCGUUUAUGGCAGCGGCGAGACCUCACCCAGGAGCACCACGAAGACCUCUUUUUAAUUGGGCGCACUGGUUUGUUGGAAAUGCGGCACAGAUUUGUGGCAUAAUCGCAAUUUUCUUUGCGGUUCGACUGAAUAAGGCCAAACUCCCGGAAUGGGUCGACUGGAUUCUGGCUGCCUACGUGGUAUUCCACAUUCUGACUCACCUCAUCCUGACGUUCGUUGGAUGUGCCUCUGACAAACAGGCAAGUCAGAGGGUGAAUUCAUUCCCGAUGAAGGACAUGCACUCUCGUGGUUCAAUGGUCCAUCCGGAUGCAAGACAGGACGCUCCUCACGCUGGAAUAAGGAAAUUUAUCUUCGGCAUAUAUUUCGUCGUGAUCGCCCUAUUCGUCGCGGCUCUCAUUGUAAUCACUGUACUGGCGCCUAUAGAAGAUACAUGGAUCACCUUCACAAACACCAUUAAAAAUUACUAAGUUGCCGUUUUAAUGGCAAAACGAGCGUUAGAUUUACACCGCCUGACGACGCGUCGUGGCACGUUGUUGUGUCAGAAGUAACAUUGCGAUAAGUCUCAAACUGUUUCGCAUAUCCUCAUGUGACUGUUUGUAUGUAAAUGAAUAUUUGAAUUGACAUAAAUUAUCGUUUACGGUAACAACUUAAAGUGUGAGUAAUGCAUAUACAUACUAUUUAAUAUAUCGAUCGUUGAAAAGUACGUAGUUUGAAGUUUCUAACAGUAGAAACCUAACAAAUGGUAUUAUCGUGUUACAAGCGACAAUACAUAGAAUAUGUACGAUUCUCUCAUCUAUCCUAAAUAUUUUCCCAUACUUCCGAUUUCCGCUUUCUCUUACUUGGUAGACUGACUUCUAACGAUUGAUUAAAUAAUUGCUCGUGCAAAUUAUUCGUACAAAUGUCCGUCCAAAAUAAGAGUAAUAGCUUAAAUAUUUUAUUUUAUCUCACAUAAGAAGGCAUUAGUUUUUAUACGCCUGCGAUAUUAUUCGCAGCAUAUUGCUGUUGGAAGUCCACAAAGAGUUCUCUCUGCAAGGUGCUUUUACAUUUAAGUUCUCUUUACCGGUAAGACAUACGUAUAUUAUCCAUAUUUAUGAUGUAACAUUUACAGUAUUAGCGUUUACAAUAUAUUUUCGACUUUUACACUUGUUUAGAUUUAUUUUGUACUACGAUAAGUAUUGUUCUGCGCACGAGUGCAAAUAAGAGUUUGUGAAAGUGUUAUGGAAUUGCGCUUGAUUAACCGAUAUAAUAGUAUUUUUCACAUGUUAUUGAUUGUUAAUAAAUAAAAGUAUAUACAGAA